AUGACGUCGUCUCGUCUCUGUCAGCCCGAUGACGUCGUACUUGAUCUUCUUGGCUUGCAUCAUCAGAUCUUCGAUGGCCGCUUCCGAUGCAAGCUUCCGAUUCAUAUUCUUCAAGUUCGCAAAUUAUGGUUUAGAGUUGGAGGACAACUGUUUUCUUGUCACGAAAAUUGCGGUGAAGCAACCACUGAUGAAUACUUCUAUAGGAGAAUUUUGACAAUCAAUGAUGAGACAAAGGAACGAGAAUGUGAUAAGACACAACAACGCAAGCCGGCUAAAGCAUGUGAAGCGAAGCCUGCAAAACAUCUGUGGGACCCCACGGGUCAAAAUGACAUGAAGCACCGACCGUUGCGUAAGCGGCCGCGCUCGGAAGCGGUGCCGUGGGGACAGCGGUUGGAAUCGAGGUGGAACCACGGCGAACUGCAGAGGAAUCCGCCACUAUUGACUCUCAUCGUCGUCAUCCCACCAAUGACAAAUCCUGUUUCAGAUGAUUUCCCACUAGAUGAUUGCGCUUAUGUCCCACCACUCAUAUCACAUUGCAUCUUUACUAUAGACGCCCUUAGAAGCCACGAUCCAUCCUCAGCGACAGAGAUUCUUCAGAAACGGUGUUUGCUCUGUCCGCUGCAGCCAAUCGGCGAAAAUUCGGACAUUUUCGACUUUAUUGUUGUCGGAGAGUUCGUGGAGACCCGACCAACCAAUUACCAUAUUUUCCGAGUGUCACCAUUAACCAUUAAAGUUCUCAAUAUUGAUCUUAAGAACAAUAAACAUAUUGAAGCUCCUAUUUCUGCUAUAUUCCAAGAGCUGAAGAAAAUUGGUUUGUGGAACUACCAAACAGAAUUAUAUUUAAAAAGAAGUAGCGAGGAAGUCUUGCAACAAUAUCAGUUCAGUAAUAUCAGCGACGUAGGAGGAGCACAACAUGGACACGGAGAAAAACUAUGA